AUGACAGGCUGGCCGAAAGGUUCGGCUGAGAAGUUCCUCCAUUCUACACCCGUUGCUAAAACAAUAACGCUAUAUCCUUUGAAAAGUUACAGUUUUGGAACCAAAGAACCCAAUUAUGAACGAGAUCGGAGUGUUCCUGCUCGAUUUCAACGGUUACAGGAGGAUUUUGAGAAGUAUGGUAUGCGUCGGUCAGUUGAAGGAAUCUUACUUGUACAUGAACACAACCUACCUCAUGUCCUAUUACUUCAACUCGGUACGUUUUUCAAACUCCCUGGAGGUGAACUGCAUCCAGGUGAAGAAGAAAUUGAAGGACUGAAGCGAUUAUUAUCUGAGAUGUUAGGCCGGACGGAUGGUAUCCCAGUUGACUGGAUUCCAGAAGACUGUAUCGGUAAUUGGUGGCGACCGAAUUUUGAACCACCUCGCUAUCCAUAUAUUCCUGCUCAUGUAACUAAACCUAAAGAACAAACACGUUUAUUUCUAAUUCAACUUCCUGAGAAAACAUUGUUUGCUGUACCAUCAAAUUAUAAAUUAGUAGCAGCUCCGUUAUUCGAACUUUUUGACAAUGCCCGAGCCUAUGGUCCAAUUAUUUCUUCCUUACCUCAAGUAUUAAGUCGCUUCAACUUUGCAUACAACGAUUGAGUUCACACGUAAAUGUUUGCAAUGAAUAUCUCUACAACUCUAUAUUCAGU